CAUGUGUCAAGUAUUUUCAGAUCAUCGCUUGGUGGCUUCGAAGUUGAUACCGUUAAUAUUCUGCUUCGUCUAUCGCAAUCGAAAAUUUAAGUUUUGCAAGUGUUUCGUGCUGGAAUGUUAUAAAUAAUUACUCAAGCGCACGGUGGUGUGAUUCUCCAGUGUAUUUAUCGGUGGACGGCGACUUGUUAGAUCUAGAAUCAAUUGAUCGUCAUGGCGUCAAACACAUCUGCUUAUCACUGCAUUGUGUGUACAUUGUCUAAGAUCCCAUUUGCAACAUUGAGCAAGGAAAGUCAACAGAAGAUAGUUAAAAGUGGACGGCCAACCAAUCACAUGCCGACUUUGCAUGCUAAAUGUCAGAGCUCGAAUAACUUGAAUGUUAACACCCUUUACACUUGGAUGACAGGAUGUGAGAAGAAUCAACGAUUAUUUUGCUGGCCCUGUUUGCUAUUCAGUACAAGUGAAUAUGACACCUGGGGAAGGCGAGGCUUUAUUGACUUCCAUCGACUAUCACAGGCAACAAUUGAACAUUCGAAAGAUGUAUCACAUCUAGCUAAGAGUACAACUCUGAAGCUGUGGAUGGAAACAUCUUCCGAUAUAAGUGAUGAUAGCAGCGAAGAAGAGCUCGAGUGCAUCCCGGAAUUAGAUUUUCUAAACUCAAACGUCCCCGAAGAAGAGGAGGAGUUGGAUAUCAAACCCAAUGUAGAAGCCCUGAACGCUUCUUCCUCGUCUUCAUCACAACAGGCCGUGACGGCCAUUCUCGAUCUCUGUGAUCCAGCGGGAGUAAGGGAGAUUGAAGUUUCGCGGUGUAGUCCGAUUGUUAUUAGAGACAGUUCACCAGUUCCAUCCACGAGUUCACACGUGGAUCUAUUUUCCACCACUGCUACUAUUGCAGGCACUUCUAUUAGUACUACUUCCGUAAUGACUGUCGCUGCAUCACAAGAAGAAGAGAUCGCAAAAAUUUACCGGGAAACGGUCGACAUGUCACAGUCUUCCGCGGGUGCAGAAAAGUAUCAGCUCAAGUGGCACUCUCACCAACAAAAUCUCAAUUCAUCGAUCUCAUGUCUAUAUAAGAAUGAUCGCUAUGCUGAUGUUAUGCUAAUAACCUGUAACAACGAGGAAAGUUUUUCGAUGGCAGCACAUAAACUUGUUCUUGGUACUUCUAGUACGUAUUUCGCCAACAUAUUUGAAAAGUAUAUCGUCCCGCCGAACGCUAUGACCUAUAUCGUACUUCCACCUGAACUCACAAGGCGCGCCCUUCAGACCUUGAUCCAGUAUAUGUACACGGGCGAAUCGACGGUAUCGGUUGAUAUCCUGAACGAGGUGCUGCGUGGUGGUGAAAUUUUGAAAAUUCGCGGUCUCUGGCGAAAUCCAGGUGCAUCCGAUGGGACAGCUUCAACAGAGCAAACUGCAUCCAAAGGUAUCCAUGGUCGUCAUCGAACGGAGCGAAUUUCAGUGGAUAGGAUACCGUUGCAGGAACCACGGGUUGCGCAGAAUCCGGUUACCGUUCACGAUAGUCCUGUAAUCGUAACAAAUCCAUCCAAAAGCUACGGGAUAAGUCAGACCGCACAAAUGCCGGCAAGUUCAUCUACACCGAUUAUCAAUGUUAAAAAGGAUGUUGCGAUUGAUCCUGGUGAGAGAGUUAGACCUGUUAGUAGUUAUGAUGCAUAUCCGUCUAGUACAAAACGAACUCAUCCAACUACCAAUCAAGAAAACACACACCAAAUUCCCAGACAACAGAGCACCCCAAAAAACUCCCCAUCAAGAGCAGUUCUCUCCAACGCAGAAAACGUUCCGACAACGCCCAGCGUAUCUCAAACGAUGCCGGAAGAACUGAACUUUCUAAAUGUGAAAGAAGAACCGGUGGAAUGGUCUGACGUGAAUGCUGGAGAGAUAGAUCUUGAUAAAUCUGGGCUUCCUAUUGUCAAAGUAGAAAUGAAAGAUCCUACGUGCUCUGAUGGAAGUGAAGAUCAAAGCCAGGAACAAGUGUACUCACCGUUGACAUGUGAAUUGUGCAGUGAAACAUUCACUGUACCGGCUGAAUGGGUACGCCACAUUGAAAGCCACACAGAUCCCCCGCAUACAGUAUCGAAGCGUCGUCGCCGAUUGGAAAAUGAUAAUACAACCGACGUUACAGCCGCUCUAAAGUGCGAUCUAUGUGCAAUGUAUUUCGUAACACCGGCCGAGUGGGUUCGUCACGUCCAGAGUACACAUACAGAAACGGAACUGGCCAUAUCCAACAACAGUACUCUUCCCCGACGAGGCGCGAAAUCUUCCAUUAUCGAUUCACGACACAGUACGGUUCCGGUGUCGAUACCGCAAACGCAGGAGCGAACAUGCUCUGUGUGCAACAAAGGCUUUCCUUCCUAUGCAAGCAUGAUUAUCCACAAACGAACACACACGGGCGAACGGCCAUUCUAUUGUGAAAUUUGUCAUAAAGGCUUCAAUGUGAAGUCUAAUCUUCUGCGGCACAUGCGAACUUUGCACAACCAACAGGACAGCCAAUCACCGACGCAGUGCGACCCGGAGAGCCACAGUAGUUCCGACGAUUAAAGAUAGAUGCUCUAGGUAUAGUGUAUGUUUAAUGUUUUACCUCGAUUUAAGAGUAUGGUGUAAUAUAAUAUUUUGUAAUUAGGUUAGGAUUAUGAGAUAUUGUUUGACUGGUAUUUAAGAACAAAAAUGUGAAACUAGUACAUAACAUCAUACGUUCUUUCGAAUUCGUUUAUUGAACGCGAUUGUCACAGCAAAAAAAAAUCAGUUCACUCAGUUAUAUGUUCAAAUACUUCAAAUUAACAAAAAUACACCGGACGUGUAAGGUUUUGAUACUAGUUUGAAACUUCAUUAUACUGAGGAAAUUGUAUCGAAAAAAAUCAAAAGGGCAUAUGAUAUUAUUUAUCAUUUUUCACAUGUGCAUCCAAAUAUGUAUUUAAUUUUCUGUACAGAUCUAAAAGAUAUACAAUUGGCUAAGCUUUGGAAACCAAACGAUUAUAUGGUCAAAUUAGAAUUUUUAUAUUUAUUUUUCUAUUGCCCUGUAAGUAACGCUUCCCAUAUUCAACUAUUUGCUGUUCUAGUGUUAAGCUAAAUGAUAAUUUUUUCUCAGCUAUUCGCAAUGGUAGAAGUAGGAACUUUGCAGGAUUGGUGAUAGAAAGAGGGAACUAUAAUUCUUUUCUUUCAAUUAGUGCUCUGUGAAAAUGAGUUAAAUUACGAGAAUAUCAAACAUUUUUUCAAGGAAA